CUGAAAUCCUCCCAUGAUGCUGUGGCUGCUGCUGCUGCUGCAGGUCUGGGCGAGCUGCCUCUGGCUGGGACAGGGCGAGGUGGUGGCAUCCUUUGAAAGUUCAUGUCCUCAGUUUUUCUUCCGGGAGAUCCCCCCAAAUGAAGCUUUGGAGCCAGAGGACCCAGCCUGGAUCUGCCAGUGCUACAAGAACCAGUAUUUCUUUGCCACCCUGUACGACAGACAGGAGCGUAUUCCCGUGUACUCUGCUUACAUCUAUGAGCCUGGACCUGGCAAACGACCUAAAGGGUGGCUGGUGGAGCCCCAGCUGAUGGGCCCAACUUACCCCAAAACUAUGGAGAAAGAGUGGACGCUCAUGAAGCAUUACAAUGUCAGCUUAGAGAAAAUCAGUGAGAGCCAGGCUAUUCUCCAAGACUACAAGAACCUGACGGGUUUGAACCGUGGCCAUUUGAACCCCAAUGGCCAUCACCUCGACUACAGCAGCAGGAUGGCUACCUUCACCCUCACCAACAUAGUGCCCCAGGAUGAGAAACUCAACGGCGGCGCCUGGAACAACUACGAGCAGCAAACCAUGAUCAGGAAUACCCAGGGCUGUAACAUCACCUACGUCAUCGUGGGAGCUGUGCCUGGGAACAACUACAUCGCCAAGGGAAGGGUUAAUAAGCCCAGCUACCUCUGGUCGAGUGCCUGCUGCGUGGUGGACAACAACCACAGGAAGGCUUGGGCGGUCAUUGCCGAGAACGACGAGAACCAGGUCCAGCUCCUCACGCUGGGGGAGCUGGAGGACACAUUGACUCAGCUCUAUGGGAGGGGACGGGUUUCUCUGUUUGACAGUGAUUGUCCCCGGGAAUAGGCCUCACAUCCUGGGUGUAAAAGGCUCAGGAGCUUUCACCCCACGUCAGAGAAUCACAGAAUAAUUUGGGUUGGAAGGAACCUUAAAGAUCAUCUCUCUAGUUUCAACACCCCUGCCAUGGAGGCCUUUCACUA